UGAUGUUCGGAUUGUCGCGAUCCUUAGCCAAACACUGAAGAAGAAAUAUAUGAGUCGUGCCGACAGAGAUUCGGACGGAACCAGCCCUGGAAAGAUCGGAAGCAGCGUGUUGCCGAGCCGUCAACUAGCUGUGCGGUUCGUUUACGCGGGAAACGUUAUCGUCCGGGAGAUGACGGUCAGCUGGAAAUGAACUGUACACUGCCACCCGAGUCGCAUCUGCUGCGCGAAAUCUUCCACUCACUGGAGAGCGUCAGCCGCGUGAAACUGCGACGCGUGUGCUGGUUGUGGAAUUCCGUCUUGACCGGCGCGGACAGCGGCCACACUGUCUGGGUUUCCUUCCGCAAUAACCUGUGCUUUCCCAUGAAAGCGGAUAAAUUUAUCUACGCGUACGCCGCCGUCGCCGGUCUAAUAAAAUGCAUUGAUGGCUCGACGCAACGGCUGAUCGUUGCACGGAUGCAUGGGGAACAACUGGACGGUGCAUUGGCGGUGGUUAAAUGGAUGCUGCGCCAUAACCGCAUCCAGCAGCUGAUCUUCCACGAUGUAGAAUUCGAAUGGCGCGCACGUAUCCGACGGGACAACAUAGUGGGGCUGGAGGAUGUAGGCCAAGGGAUCCUCCACCGUCUGGCGGCGGCGUUCCGCGACUUGGCGCCCCUCUGCGAUGGAUUGCGGCUGCGCAUGUGUAAGUUCAAAUGUUUUUGGCGCACGACGGCAACCAUCGCGGACGGUACGGUUGCGCUGGAUGCAGCGGAUAUUGAAGCACAGUUGUGGGAUCUCUAUGAGGCCAGUCUGUCGCGCGAUGGACUGGAUUUCGGGAAGAUGGCGGAAUGGAUUCGCACCGGGUCGCUGAAACUGCGCAGCAUGGUUGCUCAGUAUCUGAACGAUUACCAAAGUUGUGAUGCGCGACUGACGACGCGAUACCGCGAACAAACUUGGACGGUGGAUGAUCUGAAAGAUCUGGAUGUCUCCACGCUGACCAUCGCUACUCUGCGCGCUCUGAAAGACGUGCUUCCUAGAGAACUGAAAUUCUCCAUCAGGUUGGAUAAGUACAGAUAUGGCGCAGAUAAUGAAGAGCAAGUCGAUGUCCAAGAUGACGACAAUGCUGAGGAAGAUGCUGAAGAUUAUGAUGACGAAGAUGAUGAAGACGAAAAUUUCGACGAUGACGAGGAUAUGGAUGAAGACGAAAAUUUCGAAGAUGACGAGAAUAUGGAUGAAGACGAAAACGUCGAAGAUGAUGAUGAUGACAAUUUUGAUGAUGAAGAAAAUGCCGAAGUUGACGAGGACGAUGAAGAUGUCCAGGGCCACGAAUUCGACGAAACUAUGGAAGAAGAAUAA